CCUCAAGCAUGACAGCAAAGGUUUCCAAAAAAAUUUCGUGGGAAUGUUGAAAUUAUGGCAAUAUUAAUGUCACUUUUUACUGAAUUAACAAGUCUUGAGUUGUUGCUUUGACUUCAAUUUCAAGCAAUGGUUUAAUUUCAGGGUCGAAAACAAGAAAAAAAUAGGGCUUGUUCCGCGGAACGCUCUCCUGACUUGGGAGAGAAGCCCUGGAAGUGCAGUGAUUUUUCCUUCAACUGAAUGCCACCCAGUAGUGAGUCGCACGUUUCAAAGCAGCACUUGGCAGCUUUGAACUGAGCUCAUCAUGGCUCAAAAUCCAGGACACACUGGGACUGAGAGGAAACAAGGGAAAAAACUAUGGGUAUUCGGAUACGGCUCUUUAUGCUGGUACCCUGGAUUCCCGUAUGAAAAGGAAAUUUCUGGCUGCAUCAAGGGUUUCUCUCGACGAUUUUGGCAAGGAAACACGGCCCACCGAGGUCGCCCAGGAAAGCCGGGACGAGUGGUCACACUAGUCAAGGAGCCAGAAGGCGUAACAUGGGGCAAAGCAUACGAGUUGCGAGACGAAAUCGCCUAUGAAUACUUGGAGCAGCGUGAAGGCACAUUGGGUGGCUACACACAUGCAAUGACUUGGUUCUGGCCCAUGAACAACAGCGACACGACAGAACAGAUCCAAGUCAUGGUGUACAUGGCAACACCCGACAGCCCCCACUGGCUCGGACCAACUGACCUAUCAGCCCUAGCUGGACAAGUGGCCACCAGUCAUGGUGCAGCUGGCCACAACGCCGAGUACGUUUUGCGCCUCGCAGACUUCAUGCGCACCACUUUCCCAGCCAUGAAAGAUGACCACUUGUUUGACCUGGAGAAGCUUGUACUUGAAGAGCUGAACCGAGUGAAUUUGUCCAUAGACAAAGUGAUGAACAUGAGGCACAAGGUUGACCCUGCUGCACUAGCACUACAAGCAGCACUAGAGCACAGGGGAAGUGUGGGACAGCAGAGUUUUGAUUCGUUGAAACUCGAUUUUCAGACAGGGGUUACCAGUGGGACUGGAAUGCGGUGCCUAGGUCUGUGAUUCACGAUUUGGAUUUUUUUUCCGAUUUGCAACAGCUUCCAUUUUACAUGGGUUGAAAAUUUUCUUUCUCCCACCUCUCCACGCCCUUCCAUCACACUAAAUUUGAAAAACUUUGCAAACAACCAAAAUAAAGUAGAAAAUAUGCACAUUUGAGAGAGCUUGAUAGGCAACAAUACAGGAUUGGUCAAAAAUUAAAAAACCCGUCUCCCUGAAAAAAAAAAAAUCAGCUCAUCAUUGAAACAUUUCACGCUGGCCCCAGAAAAGCAAUGGCUACGGCGAGAUGCACGAAUUUACUGACAUAUUAGGCUUUAAACUUUCUUUUGUGUUAGAUUGCGGAAAAAUUAUUUCAAUGAUGGAAUUGACUUGCUGUGAAUACUCACGUCACACUUUUACAAAAACAAUACAAUCUUCCUAAUGCUAAUUACGCAUGGCUUCACCGAUUCUCUGCCAAAUGUGUCUUCUGAGCGUGAAAUACAAAACCAAACGUCGCCUUAGAAAUCAUACCGACGUUCUUCCCCUACUGCCGUCCCAGAGCAGGUUGUGAUUUUCCCCAAAUUUGUUCAGUGUAUUCUGUGUUGAGUCGAUUUUUUGUGGAUUCUAAAUUAUAUUUUGAUGGCUGAAAAGCACUUCCAGA